AUGGAGUUCGACAUCGUCGUCGUGGGCGCCGGGCCCGCUGGCUUGUCUGCUGCGAUCCGGGCAAAGCAGGUGGCCACGCAGAGGGGUGAGGAGCUCAGCGUGUGCGUGAUCGAGAAGGGCGCAGAGGUCGGUGCCCACAUCUUGUCGGGGAACGUGUUCGAGCCGCGCGCCCUGAAUGAGCUUAUUCCAGACUGGAAGACGGUGGUGCACAUGGCACCACCUUUGCGGCAGAGCGGCAACUACGUGAUCUCGCUCGGAAUGUUGUGCAGAUGGCUCGCGGAGCAGGAGCUGGGGGUGGACAUAUUUCCUGGCUUUGCCGCCGCGGCGCCCGUCAUCUGCGAGGACACUGGUGCUGUCAAGGGCGUGCAGCUCCAGGACGUGGGGAUCGCCAAGAGCGGAGCGGCGAAGGACACCUUCGAGCCUGGCAUGCGGCUGCUCGGGAAGCAGACCAUAUUGACAGAGGGUGCCCGCGGUUCCAUCAGCGAAGACGUCAUGGCGCGCUACGGCCUCCGAGACGGAGUGUCACCACAGCACUACGGCCUCGGGGUCAAGGAGGUGUGGGAGAUCCCGGAGGAGAACCACGUGGCCGGGACCGUGGUCCACACAGUCGGGUGGCCUCUGGACAUGUCGACCUACGGCGGUUCCUUCAUCUACCACAUGAAGCCUAACUUGAUCCACAUAGGCAUGGUGGUGGGCCUGGGCUACAGCAACCCCUGGAUGAGCCCAUAUCAGGAGUUCCAGCGGUUCAAGCACCAUCCUCGUGUCAAGGCGAUCCUGGAAGGCGGCAAGUGCAUCUCGUACGGCGCCCGCGUCCUGAACGAGGGGGGCGUGCAGGCAGUGCCGAAGCUGACGUUCCCCGGAGGCAUGCUUGCAGGAUGCAGCGCGGGAUUCCUCAACGUCCCCAAGAUCAAGGGGAGCCACACCGCCAUGAAGACCGGCAUGCUCGCUGGCGAGGCGGCGGCGGAGGCGCUGAUAGACGCACCCGAGGUUAGCAAGGUCUGGUGCGCACCGGGUCAGCCGUGGCGCACGGCCGAUCUGGUGCGCGCCGGCGAGACGCGUCAUCUGCCAGGUCUCGCCCUGCACGGGUGUUUGCUCCUGCAGGUGAGCCCCGUCCCCGACGUGCCAUCCGCCGCGGGGACAGGUGACCAGAGGCAAGGAGCCCUGGACCUUCAGGUGGACGGGGCGCGACAGCGAGUACACCAGGCCGGCGGAGGAGUGCAAGAGGAUCGAGAUCCGAAGCCAGACGGCGUCUACUCGUUUGAGCUGCUGGAGAAUUUGAUCAGGAGCGGGGUGAAUCACGAGCACGACCAGCCUGCGCACCUCAAGGUGAAGCCAGAGAAGGCUGACGUGCCCUUGAAGGUCUCCCUGGAGAAGUACGCGGGCCCCGAGGGCAGAUUCUGCCCUGCCAAAGUCUACGAGUACGUGCCAGAUGAGUCCGGAGACGGCAUGAAGCUGCAGAUCAAUGCGCAGAAUUGCGUGCAUUGCAAGUGCUGUUCGAUCAAGACGCCUCAGGAGUUCAUCAAGUGGACGGUGCCCGAGGGCAGCGGGGGGCCCCAGUACGCGGCCAUGUGA